AUGGACGGCCCCGACCAAAUUGGCCCCGAUCUGCCACCCCAGCGCUCCUGGGGCGACCGAGUGCGACGCAUUGUCAAGACCUUCACGACGCGAGAGGGCUUGGUCGGCGACUACGACUAUGCGUAUUUGUUUACGCCCCGGCUGCCCUUCACCAAACAAACUCGCAAGUCGGCGCCGUUCUUUGGACUCGAAGAUCGUGUCCCGGUCGUCCUCGCUCUACUGUUGGGCCUCCAGCAUGCGCUCGCCAUGUUGGCCGGUGUGAUCUCGCCGCCCAUCAUGCUGGGCGGGUCGUCUGGGGUCAACUUUGACGCAGAGCGCUAUCAGUACCUGGUUUCGACGUCGCUGAUCGUCUCGGGCAUUCUGAGUGCCGUCCAGAUGUUUCGCGUCCGGGUUUGGGGCACAAAAUACUGGAUCGGAACAGGUCUAUUGUCGGUGGUUGGCACCUCCUUUUCCACCAUCACCGUAGCCACCGGUGCAUUCUCGCAGAUGUAUAAAUCGGGGUAUUGUCCCGUCGACGCCAAUAACAACCCCCUGCCGUGCCCCCGCGGAUACGGGGCGUUGCUCGGGACUUCAUGCCUCUGCUCGCUACUCGAGAUCGGACUGUCGUUCAUGAGCAGCCGGAUCCUGUCGCGCGUGUUCCCGCCGCUCGUGACGGGCCCGACGGUCCUCCUGAUCGGAGCAUCUCUGAUCAAAUCGGCCAUGCAGGACUGGGCUGGGGGUUCUUCGUGCGGCACCAACCCCGCAGAACGCGCGCUCUGUCCCAGUGCCGAUGCCCCGCAUGCUCUGCCGUGGGGAAGUCCCGAAUUCAUCGGCCUGGGGUUUUUGGUCUUUAUGACGAUCAUCCUGUGCGAGCGGUUCGGCCCUCCGAUCCUGAAGAGUUGCUCGGUGGUUGUGGGGUUGCUGGUUGGGUCGAUCGUCGCGGCCGCUUGCAACUAUUUCGAUGACUCUGGCAUCACUGCGGCGCCGGUCGCCUCCUUUGCCUGGGUCCAUACCUUCCCUCUGACCAUCUAUCCGCCGCUGAUUCUGCCGCUGCUCGCGUUGUACAUUGUGAUUAUGAUGGAGUCCAUCGGUGACAUCACCGCCACUUGCGACGUGUCGCGACUCGCCGUGGAAGGCGCCACCUUUGACUCUCGCAUCCAGGGCGGCGUCCUGGGCAACGGUAUCACCUGUCUGCUGGCCGGCCUGAUGACCAUCAGCCCGAUGUCGGUGUUUGCACAGAACAACGGCGUGAUCGCGCUGACCAAAUGCGCCAACCGCAUGGCUGGCUACUGCUGCUGCUUCUUCUUGGUCAUCAUGGGCAUCUUCAGCAAGUUCGCCGCCGCCCUGGUGGCCAUCCCCAGCGCCGUGUUGGGCGGCAUGACCAGCUUCUUGUUUUCGUCGGUGGCCAUCUCGGGCAUCCGCAUUAUCUCGACUAUUGACUUUACCCGCCGCAACCGCUUCAUUCUCACGGCGAGCUUUGCUAUUGGCAUGGGCGUGACUCUGGAGCCGGACUGGUGGACUUACUUUUUCACGUAUAGUGGCGAUAACCGUGCGUUGGAAGGACUGUUGAAUGCCGUGGAUCUGGUCAUGACCAAUGGCUUUGCGAUUUGUGCCAUCCUGGGCGUGGUUCUCAACCUCAUCAUCCCCGAGGAGCCUGACGACAACCCGCCGGUAUGGAACUCGACUGAGCCGGAGGUUGGCCGGGCAGAUACCACAGCACAGAACCCGACGAAGAUGGAGCAGCCAGUCAUAUAA